AUGGAUAUAUCAGGAUCAAUAAGCAAUAGUAGCUCUCUCAACAUGCGACCUCUCUUUGCUGGAUAUCCAUUUCAAGGACAGGGUCGUGUGAAUCAAUUAGGCGGUGUAUUUAUAAAUGGAAGACCACUUCCUAAUCACAUACGAUUAAAAAUCGUUGAAAUGGCAGCUAGUGGAGUUCGUCCCUGUGUAAUAUCACGACAGCUUCGAGUAUCUCAUGGAUGUGUAUCAAAAAUAUUAAAUAGAUAUCAAGAAACCGGAAGUAUCCGUCCCGGUGUGAUUGGUGGAAGUAAACCACGUGUUGCAACGCCUGAGAUAGAAAAUCGGAUAGAGGAUAUGAAAAAGGAAAAUCCGGGAAUAUUCAGUUGGGAAAUAAGAGAAAGACUGAUAAAGGAAGGUGCUGUUGAUCCACCAUCAGUUUCAUCAAUAUCAAGAUUACUUCGUGGAGGCAUCGGAAUCGAUAGAAAAGAUGAUCGAAAGGACUACUCUAUUCAUGGAAUUCUGGGUGGAAGAGGCUCAGACUCUGAUAGCGAAACUGAAUCUGAACCCGGUAUUGUGCUGAAACGAAAGCAACGAAGAUCUAGAACUACUUUUUCUGGCGAUCAACUUGAAGCAUUAGAAAAGGCAUUUGCUAGGACUCAAUAUCCUGAUGUGUAUACGAGAGAAGAAUUAGCUCAAGGAACUGGGCUUACUGAAGCUCGAAUCCAAGUAUGGUUCUCAAACCGUCGAGCCAGAUUACGAAAACAUUCAGGAACUACUAACAUGGGCCCACCCCUAAGCACUAUUUCACAAUACCAUCAUCAUAGCUCAUCAAUGCCCAAUGAAUCAUACCCAAUGAUGAACGGAUACGAAUUCCUUAAUUCUUCAGGACAUCAAAGUUCUUUCCCAUCAUCUUCACUCGGAAGCUUUCAACAUACUCCUUUCCCUAAUCAAACUCAAAGCUUCAACUCAAAUCCAAUGCAUUUCAAUCAAAAUCAGGAUUAUUCAUCAAAGCAUUUAACUGAACCACAAGAUGCAAUUAUCUCAAAACCAUCAAUAAGUCCCACAUCGUCUUCGCACGUAAUUUCGUCGGAAGCACCGUACGCAAAGCAUCAUAUCGAAACGACCAACAGUUGGCCAACACAAAGCUACCAAUCACAACAGUACUCAUUACCAACGAAUGUUCCAUUAGAUUAUCAUCAAUCUUAUACAAACUCAACAAGCAAAUAUUGGUCUUAA